GGGGAGUGUCGUCCAUAAUCCCAUCCCCACACCACACACAAUAAAUUAAAUCCAUCAUCUCCUGUCGCCUCUUUUUCCUUCAACCCCUAAUUUCAUCUCUCAUCAUUCUAAAACUACCCUAUUAGGGUUUUCAAUUUCUCAGCACUCCUCAUUGUUGUUAUUCAAAUAUCAAAAUCCUCCGUCAUGGAUGGAGCCAGCGGCGUCACUGGCGGCGGUGAAGGCUCUGCCCAAUUACCGGCGCCGACACCGAUGCAAAACUCUAACUCGCCGCCUCCCUUUUUGAGCAAGACGUAUGACAUGGUUGACGACCCUUCCACUGACGCGAUUGUUUCAUGGAGCGCAACGAACAACAGUUUUGUCGUUUGGGACCCACCGGAAUUCGCUCGGGACCUUUUGCCCAAGUACUUCAAACACAACAACUUCUCAAGCUUUGUUAGACAGUUGAAUACAUAUGGUUUCAGGAAGGUCGACCCAGAUCGCUGGGAAUUUGCAAAUGAGGGUUUUUUGAGGGGUCAAAAACACUUGCUUAAGAGUAUAACUCGACGGAAACCUGCCCAUGGCAAUAAUCAUCAACCAGCUCAGCAACCACCUGGACAGAGUUCAUCAGUAGGGGCAUGUGUAGAAGUCGGGAAAUUUGGGCUUGAGGAAGAGGUUGAGCGGCUGAAAAGAGACAAGAAUGUUCUGAUGCAAGAGCUUGUGAGGUUGAGACAGCAGCAACAAACCACUGAUAACCAGCUGCAAACAAUGGUUCAGCGCCUUCAAGGAAUGGAGCAACGACAACAGCAAAUGAUGUCAUUCCUUGCCAAAGCUGUCCAGAGUCCUGGCUUCUUUGCUCAGUUUGUGCAACAGCAAAAUGACAGCAAUAGGCGCAUAACUGAAGUCAACAAAAAGCGUAGGCUCAAACAGGAAGGUAUUGCUGAAACAACAGAGCGAGCUGCCCCUUCUGAUGGACAAAUUAUUAAAUAUCAGCCUCAGAUGAAUGAAACAGCAAAAGCAAUGCUAAGGAAGAUCAUGAAAUGGGAUACUCCUCGUGUAGAAUCUUUCAAUAAAAAUCCUGAUAAUUACUUGAUUGGUGACGGUACAUCCCCAUCCAAUGCAAUGGACAGUAGUAGCUCUUCAAACUGGAAUUCCGGAGUAACUCUUCAAGAAGUUCCUCCAUCUUCAGUGCAGUCUUCUCACAUUCCAGCUGCAACAGGAGCUCAAGGACACAUACCUUCUCCAGAUGUACCUCAAGCUGCAGCAUCUGAAAAUGUUAUGUUGGAUGGAGCACAUACAGUACCGACUAUCCCGAAUUCUCAAGCAGAUGUUAUCAUGCCUGAUAUACCUUCAAUACCAGAGACUGUGCCAAGAAGUAUUCUCGAUAUUCCGGAAGACAAUUAUAUGGCUCCUGAGACAGAUGAUGGAUUUAUGGAUCCAACUUCACUCGGGUCAUUUCCCAUUGAUUUUGAAGCUCUUUCACCCGGUGCAGACAUUGAUGAUUUGUUAAACAAUCCUUCUAUUUGGGAGGAUCUUUUGCAAACUCCCCUUCCAGAGGAUCUUGAGACCAGCGUUGACGAAAUAUCCAGAGGAAAUGAGCCGCAGCCACCAGAAAAUGGAUGGGAAAAUACUCAACACCUGGAUCAACUAACAGAGCAGAUGGGUCUUCUUUCUUCUGAGGUCAAAAGAAUAUAACCGGCUAUCAAAUUUGUAUCAAUCUUUCAUACUGUCCAAGGAAAUCUUUGGAGUUGAACAUAUGUGAAUUAUACAGUGCAGUUUUCUCCCCAACUUGAUGUUUCCUGGGUGAGGGGGAAAAUGGGAAAAAGAGAAGACAUUUGUAAUGAUUACUCAAGGUGUCUGAAAUGAAGUGCACAUUGCUUUGGAGAUUUACUUUCUGAACAAAGACAGGAACAUUGGAUAUCAGUGAUUCUUGCUUUUAACAUUACUUGCCAUUUAGCUUGGGCUGUUUGUUCUUAUGUAACCGAUUUUUCCUCGGGUUAUGUUUCAAUUGAUAAAAAAAUGAAAUAGAAGAUAAUGGAAUUGAUUGUCACAAAUAUUUUUUUGGGCGUAAUACUAUUUGAGGUGUGACAUAUAAUAAUAUGAAUAUUUCUUCUUGUGACGUA